CGUCGCCAUAGUACGAUUCGUAAUUUCGCACACAAGACAAGGCAAGCUAGCUGCUCCCCUGAAGCAGCGUAUUACUUAACAUAAUUAAUGCUUUUAUCGCAAGAAAAGGUCCUCGUUUAGGCCGUGGCUUUGUUUGUUUUUAACUCGGCAUCAAAGAUGGUUUCGUCUCCGUUUGUAAUAUUGCAUUUUAUUCUGAUCUGCGUCACUUUGCAUUGUAACAAUCUGGCCGAGGCUAAAAUGAAUCCCAGACCGAAUAUAGUUUUAAUCCUAACUGAUGAUCUAGAUGUGUCUAUAGGGGGAAUGAUCCCUUUAGUGAAGACUAAAAAGCUAAUAGGUGAUGCUGGGAUAACCUUUACAAACACGUUUGUCGCCAGUCCCCUUUGCUGUCCCAGCCGGGCGAGCAUCCUGACAGGCAAAUACCCUCAUAACCAUCAUGUGGUCAACAACACACUGGAGGGCAACUGCAGCAGCACUGCAUGGCAGAAGACCCAAGAGCCCGAGACUUUCCCUGCCUUCCUUCAGAAACACGGCAUCUAUCAGACCUUCUUUGCUGGGAAGUAUCUGAAUGAGUAUGGGAAUAAAAAAGCAGGAGGUGUGGAGCAUGUUCCUCCAGGCUGGGAUCAUUGGUUCGCUCUGGAGAGAAACUCCAAAUACUACAACUACACGCUGUCGGUGAACGGCAGGGCACAGCGACACGGACAGAACUACAGCGAGGACUACCUUACAGACGUUCUGGCCAAUAUUUCCAUUGACUUCCUGGAAAACAAGUCUAACCGCAGGCCUUUCUUCAUGAUGGUGUCCACACCAGCCCCGCACUCGCCCUGGACCGCCGCUCCUCAGUACGAGAGCAGUUUUACCAACAUCAAAGCGCCAAGAGACCCUAACUUUAACAUACACGGCAAGGACAAGCACUGGCUCAUCAGACAAGCAAAGACGCCCAUGACAAACUCUUCGGUGGAGUUCUUGGAUAACGCCUACAGAAAACGGUGGCGCACUUUAUUAUCAGUAGAUGACCUGGUGGAGAAGGUGGUGAGAAAGUUGGAGGUCAGAGGAGAGCUUGGCAACACCUACGUCAUUUUCACCUCUGACAACGGAUACCACACUGGCCAGUUUUCUCUUCCGAUGGACAAGAGGCAGCUCUAUGAAUUUGAUAUCAGAGUUCCUCUUUUGGUGCGAGGGCCGAAUAUCAAACCCAACCAGACAAGCCCGUUCUUAAUAGCAAAUGUGGAUUUGGGUCCAACAAUUCUGGACAUCGCUGGAUACAGCGUCAAUGAAACGCAGAUGGAUGGGAUGUCAUUUCUACCCAUCAUGACUGGUAAAGGAAACAGCAGCACUUGGAGAUCUGAUGUACUGGUGGAAUACGAGGGAGAAGGAAGCAACAUUUCAGACCCAGCUUGCCCUCUGCUGGGCCCCGGGGUCUCGGAGUGUUUCCCUGACUGUGUGUGUGAAGACUCGUACAAUAAUACGUACGCCUGCGUUCGCACAGUAGCACAGGCCACCAACUUACAGUACUGUGAAUUUGAUGAUAAUGAGGUGUUUGUGGAGGUCUAUAACCUGACAGCAGACCCCUUUCAGUUGAGCAACAUCGCCAAGAGCAUCGAUCAGGAGGUCCUGGAGAAGAUGAACCACCGUCUAAUGAUGCUGCAGUCUUGCUCGGGACAGUCCUGCAGAACGCCAGGCGUCUACGACUCACAGUUCAGGUUUGAUCCUCGGCUGAUGUUCAGCAGCCUCGUGCCUCACAGAAACAAACGACGACAAAGGCUGUAGUAGAGCGUGGAGAGGUUUACAGGACCAGGACCAAUUGAGGGAAAGAAUAAAUGGCACUGAAACAAACCCUCUUGUUGCCUUCAUAUCCUAAGGUUCCCCCAAAGACGCCCAUGACGUCUCUCCUUCGAUGAGGUCUUCAGGGUGCGCCAGGGGUACCAGACACUUUCAGACGGGACGAGCUUCAUCCUCUCCAGCUCUCAUUCACAGCAGAUGCUGACACACAUCCGUGAGAGCACUCACAUUAUAUUCCUCUUUACACUCAAUCAACGUUCAGUUUUGCUGCUGUAAUAAUAACACAGGAUAUCGUCUUUGGUUUAAUGUUUUGGUUUACUUUUGCUUUAAGCGAAUUUUGUAAAGCGUUUGGAAAUUGUUGCGUUAUUUGUUUGUUCGCCAGAUGCGUCUGAAACAUUUCACUCCACGUAUUCUAUUAAGUUAUGAAAGUAUUUACAGCUGCACUAAGCCUGCCUUCUGUGAUAAGCACGUAGAAUGGAAGUUUGUUUUUUUUGGCUACAAAAUAAAAAAUGAAAGCAAAUUUGGAUUUUUUUCACUUCACAAUUCUGUGUUUAUAUGAAAAUUUAGCCUUUUUUUUGCUAGAUAUAAACUUGAAUUUAUGACAGAAAAAUAUGAGAUUUAAAUUCUAUAAAGACUUUUGUCUCCAUUUUUUUUGUUGCCAUUUUUGUUUGAUAUAGGCUUGCACAAGAUAAUGAACUACAGUAUUUUUAAUGCACAAUAUACCUUAUAUUACAUAAAAAUAUUUUCUCACUUUUUCAGUUCCUGUCACAUGCACAUGUUUCACAACUAAAAGAUUCACUAACUAAGUGCAAAUAUUGUAUUUAGCAUUCCUUUAUUGUCUUUCAUAUGUUUUUUAAAGUUUUGUGUUUGACAGAUGUCAGUUGUGAAUGAGCCAAAGCUGUGGAUCGCAGAUGUAUUUUAGUAGGGAAACUUAGGACUGUUUAAGGGACUGUUUAACUUUCAUCCUUCUGCCUAACCUUCAUCAGUCUUCUGCUGUUACUGGCAAUAUCUUGAGUCAUCCGAGAGGUAUCUUUCUUACAAUACUUUAACAUAUCCGUUUAGUGAAGCACUUUCCAGUCUGUGAUCAACAAGCCUGACAAUAAAGUUUUGCACAUAAUUCUUUCAUCAUAUUUGUUAAUCGCAUUGCGAUGGUCGAUGUGGAUGCUUGUCUUGUGUGUUUGAUUGAUAAAAGCAUUCUGAAAUA